AUGGCACAACGAAACUUGACCCUGAAUGCCGCAGCGUCCCGGUCCACGCCUGCUGAUCCCUUCGAAGACGAAGCGGGCCCUCACAACCCAUACCCUAGCGACCAACAACAAACUUUUACCCGUAGUUCCUCGUCUCUGAACGAACAUGACCUGUAUUCACAUCUUUACUCAUCCCAGAGAAUAAACCCACCUGCCGCUGGCGAAGGGGUGCACGACGUCAUGAUGGAUGGAGCUCGGCUGAAUGAGCGCUCUUCUCCAACAGGCUUUGCUCCACCGUCGUCCUUCGAUAGGUAUCCACUUUUGCCGUCGCGCGAGAUAUCGUCUGUUUCUCUAGCCUCGCAGUUUCAGAACAACCAGGCGAAAUACAACCUGGGCUACCACCGCGUAUCGCCCAACGGCUCUCUGGUGUCGAGUUCUCCGGCACUCAAUGACCCGUUCACAAAUACCAUGGACGUUUCGCCAUUUGGUGGGUACCCUGCGUCUCAGUUUCCGCUCCACAUAGAUGAGAAGGAAGACGACGACUACUUGCACAACCCUGACCCCAUCGCUGAUGCUGAGUAUGACAAAAAUCGCUUCAUGCAUGACUUGAAGCAUCUUGACCGCCGUUCGGCCUGGGGCAUCGUUGGUUUUGUAAUUUUGUUUUUUGCCGCGGCUUUGGUGUUUGUGUUGUUGCCUGUGUUGACAUUCAGUCAUGUCACUUCCAACAACAAGCCUUUGUCAUAUGAGAUCCUUACUGCUUACCAGUACCCUCUCUCUGCUGCAAUUCGUACUUCUCUCAUUGAUCCUGAUACUCCACAAUCGGCUUACACCAAGAAAACGCGCACAGGCCAAGAUUGGGUGUUGACCUUUUCCGAUGAGUUUAAUGCCGUUGGUAGAACGUUCUACCCGGGAGAUGACCAGUUUUUCGAAGCGGUCGAUCUUAAUUACUACGCCACGAAAGACUUGGAGUGGUACGACCCUGAUGCCGUCACUACUAACAACGGUACUUUGACAAUUACUCUUGAUGCUAUAAAAAACCACGGUUUAUUCUACCGUUCAGCAAUGGUCCAAUCGUGGAAUAAGCUUUGCUUUACCCAAGGAAUGAUCGUCACUUCAGCAAACCUUCCAGGAUAUGGUAAUGUCUCUGGUUUGUGGCCAGGUCUUUGGACCCUUGGUAAUUUAGCUCGCCCUGGAUACUUGGCAACUUCUGAAGGUGUUUGGCCUUAUACUUACGAUAGUUGUGACGCUGGUAUCACCGCCAACCAAUCGUCACCCGAUGGAAUUUCUUACUUACCUGGUCAAAAGUUAAAUGCUUGCACAUGCCCGGGCGAGGACCAUCCUAACAGAGGAACCGGACGAGGAGCUCCUGAAAUUGAUAUUGUUGAAGGAGCAACAGAUACACAUAUUUUCGUUGGUGUCGUGUCGCAAUCCUAUCAAAUUGCUCCUAUGGAUGUUUGGUAUAUGCCUGACUACAAUUUCAUGGAAGUCUAUAAUUUUGAGGUUUCAACAAUGAAUACCUAUGCCGGUGGUCCAGUCCAACAGGCCGUCUCUUGUAUAUCAACGUUGAAUGUCACUUGGUAUGAGCACGGAGAUGGGGCAAAUAAGUUCCAGGAAUAUGGUUUCGAGUAUUUGAACGAUAAUGAUAAAGGAUACAUCACAUGGUACGUUGGUCAGGAUCCUACAUUUACUUCUUAUGCAUAUGCAUUUGGUCCUAAUGGUAAUGUCGGAUUCCGAAGGAUAUCGAAAGAACCAAUGUCUGUCAUCAUGAACUUGGGUUUAUCGAAUAAUUGGGCAUAUAUCGACUGGCCAGCUCUUCACUUCCCCUUGCAUAUGAGGGUAGACUAUGUUCGGGUUUAUCAACCAUCCAACGCCAUAAGUAUGACUUGCGACCCUCCAGGACACCCAACUACGAACUAUAUCAAUUCACACCUUCCAGCCUAUAUGAAUAACAAUCAUACCUCAUGGAAUAUGGCAGGUUUCAAGUUUCCUAGAAACAAAAUUUCCAAUGGAUGCUGA